ACGUUGGCUACUCAUAUUUAUUCAAAACACAACGUUGUACAAUUACAACACUUAUUUUGCAUCAUUUGUUAAUAUUUGCUAAUGGCAACUAAUAUUCUGUUUAAUUAAAAGAUCAACUUAAGCUUUAUCAAAAAAGAAAGAAAAGCCUAUAACUUAAAUUUUGUACUAUCCACUUCGAAGUUGGAGAUUUAAUUACCCCACUUGACAUAUUGUAAAUAGACCAACUAUAACCUAUGCUUUCAUGGUUGGUGGCUUCAUCUCCAAAUGCUUAUCAUGACCAUAAAUAAUGGAGCUAACUAGAUAGACCAACGAAGCCCACACAUUCCUCACGAUUCCAAUCCAUAAAUCAGAAGAAUAGACCCUCUCUUUGGACUGAAUAAGCAAUUUGCCAGGCUCUGGUGUCCUUCCAUGGAAUCCGGCAAACCAGAAGUAGCCUUCGAGUUACUCCCACUUCUUCGUGUGUACAAGAAUGGACGAAUUGAGCGACUCGUUGGCACCGAUUUCGUCCCGCCAGGAACGGAUCCUCUCACUGGAGUCACGUCCAAAGACGUAAUGAUACUCCCGGAAUUUGGCAUCUCCGCCAGACUCUUCCUCCCAAUCCUCACUCGCUCGACUCAACGCCUUCCCCUCGUAGUCUAUUUCCAUGGCGGUUGCUUCUGCACCCAAUCCCCUUUCACGGCCAAGUACCACAACUACCUCAAUGCGCUCACUGCCGAAGCCAGAGUCGUGGCAGUUUCCGUAAACUACAGGAAGGCACCAGAGCAUCCCAUUCCCGCAGCCUAUGAAGACUCAUGGGCUGCCCUUCAAUGGGUCAUUUCACACCGUGAUGAGAAAGGACCUGAGAUUUGGUUGAACGAACAUGUAGAUUUCAGAAGGGUGUUUUUGGUCGGAGCUAGUGCCGGUGCCAACAUUGCCCACAACCUGGCAAUGGUGGCCGGAGAUCCUGAUUGUGGGGUGAACUUGGAGCUUAUUGGGGUUGCUUUGGAGCAUCCAUAUUUCUGGGGCAGUGUGAGGAUUGGUAAGGAAGCUGGUAAUCCAGUGAAGGCCAGGUUAUUUGAUCAGCUGUGGGGGUUUAUUUGUCCAGUGAGACCGGAGAACGAUGAUCCAUGGGUGAAUCCAGUGGCGGAAGGAGCAGCGAGGCUGGCAGGGUUGGGGAGUGGGAGGGUGCUGGUUUGUGUGGCGGAGAAGGACGUCCUGAGAGACAGAGGAAGGCUUUACUUUGAGGCGUUGGGGAGCAGUGGGUGGUUGGGGGUGGCGGAGAUUGAGGAAACAGAGGAUGAGGAUCAUUUGUUCCAUUUGAACGAUUUGGAAGGUCAGAAGGCUAAGGAUUUGAUCCAAAGGCUGGGGGAUUUCUUCAACAGAGACAUGCCCCCUUCUCUGCUGUUUUGAGUCUGACUUUGGUCUGGUCUUCAAAUUCUAAGGCCAUUUUUCUAAGGAAUUGAAUUUGUAAUUUUGGUUAAAGUUAUGCAGAGUUCAGAGUUCAGAGACCA